GCUCCGGUCCGCGGACGCCGAGACCAGCCGCUGCUCCGCGGGACCCUCCGCCACGCGCAGCUCCGCGUAGCCGGCGCCCGGCAGCUCCUCGUCGGCCCGCCUCUGCCGCCCCGCCUGUCCGAGCAUCGCCGCCACCCGCGAGCGAAUGGAGCUGGACCAGAGGGCGGCCGGCGGCCUCCGCGCCUACCCCGCGCCCCGCGGCGGGCCGGUGGCCAAGCCCAGCGUGAUCCUGCAGAUCGGUAAGUGCCGGGCGGAGAUGCUGGAGCACGUGCGGAGGACCCACCGGCACCUGCUGACCGAGGUGUCCAAGCAGGUGGAGCGGGAGCUGAAGGGACUGCACCGCUCGGUGGGCAAGCUGGAGGGCAACCUGGAUGGGUACGUGCCCACGGGCGACUCUCAGCGCUGGAAGAAGUCCAUCAAGGCCUGCCUGUGCCGCUGCCAGGAGACCAUCGCCAACCUGGAGCGCUGGGUCAAGCGGGAGAUGCACGUGUGGCGGGAGGUCUUCUACCGGCUGGAGAGGUGGGCCGACCGCCUGGAGUCCAUGGGCGGCAAGUACCCGGUUGGCAGCAACCCCUCCCGCCACACCGUCUCCGUAGGUGUCGGGGGUCCCGAGGGCUACAGCCACGAGGCCGACACCUACGACUACACGGUCAGCCCCUAUGCCAUCACCCCCCCGCCGGCCGCAGGCGAGCUGCCCGGACAGGAGGCGGUGGAGGCCCAGCAGUACCCGCCCUGGGGGCUGGGAGAGGACGGGCAGCCAGGCCCCGGCGUGGACACGCAGAUCUUCGAGGACCCGCGGGAGUUCCUCAGCCACCUGGAGGAGUACCUGCGCCAGGUGGGCGGCUCCGAGGAGUACUGGCUGUCACAGAUCCACAACCACAUGAACGGGCCGGCCAAGAAGUGGUGGGAGUUCAAGCAGGGCUCCGUGAAGAACUGGGUGGACUUCAAGAAGGAAUUCCUGCAGUACAGCGAGGGCACGCUGUCACGAGAGGCCAUCCAGCGUGAGCUGGACCUGCCGCAGAAGCAGGGAGAGCCCCUGGACCAGUUCCUGUGGCGCAAGCGGGACCUGUACCAGACGCUGUACGUGGAUGCCGAGGAAGAGGAGAUCAUCCAGUACGUGGUGGGCACCCUGCAGCCCAAGCUCAAGCGCUUCCUGCGGCCCCCGCUGCCCAAGACCCUGGAGCAGCUCAUCCAGAAGGGCAUGGAGGUGCAGGACGGCCUGGAGCAGGUGGCCGAGCCCUCCAGCCCCCGCCUGCCCCCCGAGGAGGAGAGCGAGGCCCUCACGCCAGCGCUCACCAGCGAGUCUGUAGCCAGUGACCGGACCCAGCCCGAAUAGAGGGCGCCGGCCCCCCGCCUGCCCGCCGUGGCCUCUGCCCACCGGGACUUCUGAGCGGGCCGACCCCCCCCGCAGGGGGAGCCCUCGUCCUCGUGCAGCUGUGGACACCCACCUCGGCCUCCUAGCCUGACUCUAACCGACACGUGUGAUUCAGAUGUGGGCAGCGUCCCCCAAACAGCAAAGGGGCCCCCCUUCCCUGCAGGGCCCUGCCCCCCGCCCUCCCUCGGUCUGUCUUCCCCAGCAUGGGCCGGCCUGGGCCAGCGACCCCGCCCUCCACACUCUCAGGCCAUGACAGCUUCCCCGUCCUGCUCCAUGUCCCGGCCCUCUGGGCACUCAGAAACCCAGUAUGCACAUGGCACGGGCCAGCAGGCACCAAGCUCGAGGGACACCCCAGAACGGAAGCUCUGGCGGAACCGGUGCCCCAGGAGCCUGGGCUUCUGGGGAGCCACCUCUCCUGGCAGUCGCCUCGUAGCCGACUGGCACCCCUGCCACGGCCCAGGGCAGCUGGCCAGCCUCGGGCAGUGUGGCUCCCUCCCCCUGGAAGAGAGCGAAGCCAAUAACGGCGGCGGCGGCAGCAGUGGCAGCAACAGACCUGGCGCCCCGUGCCUCCUGGCCCCUCAGGUGAGCCCCUGCCCCACGGCACCGCCGCCGGGGGGCGCCCUAGAGCCGGGAGGGCCGGGCCCAGCCCACUUCCCA